AUGAAUCCAAGUUCAUACUUUGGAAACAAAAGAUCUAAUGCAGAAAACCCAUUUGCAUCAAAUUUUACUUUUGGUACAAGCUCGGCUUCUGCACAAGAUAGUAAUUAUCCUCAAAUACUGAAAACUCCAUUGCCUACUGGAAAUCCCCAGAGAUCAGGUUAUAAAAGUUGGACACCACAAAUGGGAUAUUCAGCUACAUCGUCAUCUGCGGUUUCAACACACUCCCCAUCAGUUAUUGUAGCUGUUGUAGAAGGUAGAGGACUUGCCAGAGGUGAAAUAGGAAUGGCAAGUAUUGAUUUAAAAAGCCCACAAAUUAUAUUAUCUCAGUUUGCAGACAAUACAACAUAUGCGAAGGUGAUUACUAAACUCAAAAUUUUAUCACCUUUGGAAAUAAUAAUGUCAAAUACUGCUUGUGUUGUGGGGAAUUCAACUAAGUUGUUUACUCUGAUCACAGAAAAUUUCAAGAAUGUUAAUUUUACUACUAUCCAAAGGAAAUACUUCAAUGAAACAAAAGGACUAGAGUACAUUGAACAGUUAUGCAUAACAGAAUUCAGCACUGUCCUAAUGGAGGUUCAGUCCAAGUAUUACUGCCUUGCAGCUGUUGCAGCUUUAUUAAAAUAUGUAGAAUUUAUUCAAAAUUCAGUUUAUGCACCAAAAUCGCUGAAGAUUUGUUUCCAGGGUAGUGAACAGACAGCCAUGAUAGAUUCAUCAUCAGCCCAAAACCUUGAAUUACUAAUUAAUAAUCAAGACUAUAGGAAUAAUCACACACUCUUUGGUGUUCUAAAUUAUACUAAGACUCCUGGAGGAAGUAGAAGACUUCGUUCUAAUAUAUUAGAACCUCUAGUUGAUAUUGAAACCAUUAACAUGAGAUUAGAUUGUGUUCAAGAACUACUUCAAGAUGAGGAGCUCUUUUUUGGACUUCAGUCAGUUAUAUCAAGAUUUCUUGAUACAGAGCAGCUUCUUUCUGUUUUAGUCCAAAUUCCAAAGCAAGACACGGUUAAUGCAGCUGAAUCAAAGAUAACAAAUUUAAUAUACCUAAAGCAUACCUUGGAACUUGUGGAUCCUUUAAAGAUUGCUUUGAGGAACUGUAGCACACCUUUAUUAAGAGCUUACUGUGGUUCAUUGGAAGAUAAGAGGUUUGGAAUCAUACUUGAAAAGAUUAAAACCAUAAUUAAUGAUGAUGCAAGAUACAUGAAAGGAUGCCUGAACAUGAGGACUCAGAAGUGCUAUGCAGUGAGAUCCAACAUAAAUGAAUUUCUUGACAUAGCUAGAAGAACAUAUACAGAGAUUGUAGAUGACAUAGCGGGAAUGAUAUCGCAGCUCGCAGAAAAAUACAGUCUUCCUUUAAGGACAAGUUUUAGCUCUGCUCGAGGAUUUUUCAUCCAGAUGACUACUGAUUGUACAGCCUUACCCAAUAAUCAACUUCCUUCAGAAUUUAUUAAGAUAUCUAAAGUGAAAAGUUCGUACACCUUUACAUCAGCAGACUUAAUUAAAAUGAAUGAAAGAUGUCAAGAAUCUUUGAGAGAAAUCUAUCACAUGACUUAUAUGAUAGUGUGCAAACUGCUUAGUGAGAUUUAUGAACAUAUUCAUUGCUUAUAUAAACUAUCUGACACUGUCUCAAUGCUGGAUAUGCUCCUGUCAUUUGCUCAUGCCUGCACUCUUUCUGACUAUGUUCGGCCAGAAUUUACUGAUACUUUAGCAAUCAAACAGGGAUGGCAUCCCAUUCUUGAAAAAAUAUCUGUGGAAAAACCUAUUGCCAACAAUACCUAUAUUACAGAAGGAAGUAAUUUUUUGAUCAUAACUGGACCUAAUAUGAGUGGGAAAUCCACGUAUUUAAAACAGAUUGCUCUUUGUCAGAUUAUGGCCCAGAUUGGAUCAUAUGUUCCAGCAGAAUAUUCUUCCUUUAGAAUUGCUGAACAGAUAUUUACAAGAAUCAGUACUGACGAUGAUAUUGAAACAAAUUCAUCAACAUUCAUGAAGGAAAUGAAAGAGAUAGCUUACAUUCUACAUAAUGCUAAUAACAAAUCACUCAUACUAAUUGAUGAACUUGGCAGAGGUACUAAUACAGAAGAAGGUAUUGGCAUUUGUUAUGCUGUUUGUGAAUAUCUGCUGAGCUUAAAGGCAUUUACACUGUUUGCUACACAUUUCCUGGAACUAUGUCAUAUAGAGGUCCUGUAUCCUAAUGUAGAAAACAUGCAUUUUGAAGUUCAGCAUGUAAAGAACACUUCAAGAAAUAAAGAAGCAAUCUUGUAUACCUACAAAAUUUGUAAGGGACUCACAGAAGAAAAAAAUUAUGGAUUAAAAGCUGCAGAAGUGUCAUCACUCCCACCAUCAAUUGUCUUGGAUGCCAAAGAAAUCACAACUCAAAUUACCAGACAAGUUUUGCAAAACCAAAGGAGUACCCCUGAGAUGGAAAGACAGAGAGCUGUGUACCAUCUAGCUACUAGGCUUGUUCAAACUGCUCGAAACUCUAAAUUGGAUCCAGACAGUUUACGAAUGUAUUUAAGUAAUCUCAAAAAGAAGUAUGAAACAGAUUUUUCCAGGGCUGAACAAGUUUCAGGAAAGACCGAAGAAUAAUAACAAUUCACAUCAUGUACUAAUAAAAUAAUGUAUCUUAAUAUGGGGAAACUAGAAUUCAUUUUUCCUAAGAGCAAAAGAAAAUAUUUGCUAAAUUUUAUGUCUUAAUGGAAAAUUGCAUUAUACUAACCUCAGAAUUAUCAUCUAUAUAUUGUCUAUAAGAAAAUAUUUGUUAUAACUUAACAUAUGAAAACCAUUGAAAGGACUGUUUUUUAUGUUAGAAAAAUGUUAAUAUAACAUUACAGUUUUUUCUCAUUUAUGAAAAUUCAUGUUAUUAAGUCUUAAGUGUAUUUAUACUUACAAGUUAUGGUUUACAAUGUUAUUGUAAAUACCUUAGUUUUGGGGAAAAAAGCCUUUUUUUUUUUUUCCAGUCUGGAAACUUAUGUGAGUUCUUUUACACUCUCUUCUGAAGCAAUAAGACCCUAUGGCUUAACAAUUGCUUAAUUAGUACCCCCAAAUUCCAACACUGGAUGCUUAUGGAGUUUGUGAGAAUGAUACUGGAAAUUUUGAAGUAUUUUUUUGACAUUGAAUAUAGUUCUAAAGGGUGAAAAUAAAUAAAUAGAUAUUUUGUAAUGCAGAGAAUGUUUUUGGAAGGAGAGUUGCUAUCACCUACCCUUUCAGUUUUCCAAAUACCAGGCAUUCCAUUUUCUACUCACCAACCUCUUUUCCAAGUUUCAUUUUUGGCCAUCUUUUUUAAGUGAGUAACCAAAGCAGCAGAAAGGUAAUACUGAUUGAUUUGCCUCAGGGAGCAUUUUAUAGAACUCUUUUCCGUAGGCAUGUGGCUUACACCAUCAUUUCAGAGUUUACCCGAAGGUCAUUCUUGUUUCAUAAAUGGACACAAAAAAAAGGAAGACAAUCAUUUGGUCAUUACCUGUAAAGAGCAGGGCUGUUGUCUUCUCAAAACCGUUUUUCUACAAUUCCUUCUUACAUAAUCUCAGCACAAAGGCCUAAGAUGGGAAGUUAUUCUUUUCUUGGACAAUUAAGUAUCUGGAACUCAGGGUAUACAUUCAAUAAACUGUAGAAUUCAUAGUAAUUUGGCCAAAAAAAUAUAUUCACAGACUGGUUAGGGCCCUAUUUUUUGUUAAUGUAUGCAUAUUUUAUAAAAUCUAAUCUUUUUACUGUAUUAAAUUCUUAAUAGAUAUAUUGAAAAAGUUAUAAUUUGAAUGACAUACAUACUUUUUGAAAUGUAAAUGUAAAUUAGUGUUCAUAUUUUAGUUUGAUACAUGUUAAACAUCCCAUUAGACUACUUAUAUUCCCUAUUGUCAUGUUUUAGAAAGAGAGCACCACAAUAUUUGAAUUUGACCAUUAGCCAUUUUUUAAUUCACAGUCUUUGAAAUGAAUUAUAUUUAUGUAGGCAUUCCUAAGAGCAGUUAGAUAAUUCAGGUUUGCAGGAAAUUUCUAAAAGGAACUGAGGAUGAAAAGGGCAUGGCAGAUUGUUUGGGAAGAAAAGGGAAGGAGCUAUAAAAGGCAGAAGGGGAGUAUGCAGUGGGAAAAAAAACAGGCAAGCAGAGAUAAGUGCAAAGUAUUAAAUAUGCAGAAUAUCAUUUCCUUAAAUAUAUUAAUUUCCCUCUAGGUUUAAUCCUAAUAUUAGAUUCCACCAGACUUUUAAGAAAUUUUUCAUGAUUUAGAUCUUUCGAUGCAGAAACUGUAGCCAACUGAUUAAUCCCUUUUAUUUUAGGUUUAGAAUACUGAAAUAAAAAUAAAUUUAUAUCUUCUUAAAAUUAAAUUACUUUUUCUUCAAUCGUUUUGUGUGUAGCUGAAACAUACAAAAAAGCAAAUUAAAUGAAGAUAUAAUUAUUAUGUUGUGGCACUAUAGAAUAGAAGUGAAUACUAGUGAGACAAUUCAUUCUUUAAUUUUAAGGUCUAUUUGCUCUUCUCUUCAGUACCUUUUUGCUUUGCCUUUCUCUAAAAUUAUAGAUCAUUAUCUCAUAAUCCAGCCUUUUAAGAUAAAUGUUCAUAAUGUUGUAGCAAACUCCUUUAAUUUCCACCUCAAAGCCAUUCUUUUAGUCUCUUCCACCUUUCUCCUCACAUAAAGUAGUCUUCUUUAAGUCUAGGAUUAAGGUAUGUGGGAGUCGAAGAAAAAGGCAGUUUAUACUCAUGCUUAGGAAGUAGUGCAUUUGUUUGUUUUAAAAUUUGCAUACAGUAAAAUUAACUCUCUUUUGAUGUAAAAUUUUAUGAAUUUAGCACAUUUAUGGAUUCAUGGAACCACUAUGACGAUCAGUUUCUUCACCAAAUACCAAACAGUUCCUUCACCUUCACAUCAUUCCCUUAGUACUAUCCCUUUGUUGUCAAAUCCUUCCCCCUGACCCCUAACUUUAACCCAGCAAUCACUGGAAAUCAAGCAUUUCAUCCCUAUAGUUUUGUUUUUUCCAUAAUGUCCAACAAAUGGAAUAUAUAGCAUGGAAUCUUUUGAAACUGGUUUCUUUUACUCAGCAUACUACUUUGUAGAAUUUGUCCAUGUUGUUAUGUCCUUUUAUUGCUGACUAGUAUUUCAUUGUUUGUAUGUACCAUAGUUUACCCAUACACUCAUUGAAAGACAAUUGGGUUUCCAGUUUUUGGUGAUUAUGAAUGAAGCUGUUUAAACAUUCUUGUAUAGAUUUUUGUAUUAAGUUUUAAUUUACCUAGGCUAAAUAGGAGUGGAAUGGAUCUGUCAUCUUGUAAGUAUGUGUUUAACUUCAUAAGAAUUUGCCAAACUCUUUUCUAAAGUGGUUCUUACAUUUUGCAUUCCUAGCAGCCAUGGAUGAGAAUGUUCCACAUGUUCUCUAGCAUUUGGUAUUAUCAGAUUUUUUUUUAAAUUUUAGCCAUUCUAAUAGGUAUGUAGUGAGUAAUGCAUUUUUAGAUUUUAAAGCUAUUCUGCUAACUCUUUAGCAAGCAAAAGCUAC